GCACCUUAAAGUUGGUUGCCAACCGCCAAAUAAAAUCCACAGAAGAAGACUAAUUUCUUCCCAUUAGAAACAUUUACAUUUACAUUUAAGUCAUUUAGCAGACGCUCUUAUCCAGAGCGACUUACAUUUAACAUUUUUUAUUUAACUAGGCAAGUCAGUUAAGAACAAACUCUUAUUUUCAAUGACGGCCUAGGAACAGUGGGUUAACUGCCUUGUUCAGGGGCAGAACGACAGAUUUGUACCUUGUCAGCUCGGGGAUUUGAACUUGCAACUUUUCGGUUACUAGCCCAACGCUCUAACCACUAGGCUACCCUGCCGCCCCAGAAACGACAGGCUGUGGUCUAUCUUGGGUUAGUUAUAAAAAUCGUUGUCCAGUUUCCGCUCUGUUUUAGCUAUCUAGCUAACUAACAAGCUAGUUAGUUGUUUAGCCGUCUUUGUUUAUAUUGAUAAAACACUCUUAUUUUGACACAAUUUAGGUCGCCAACCUAUCAUCAGUAAUUGAAUAAGUGCAAGUUCGCGAAAAGAAAGAAAGCAACCAGGAAGAAUAUGGAGGUUGAUUUCCCAGAGCAAGACGCUAGUAGCACGGACGAAGACGACACUGUCAGCUCUUCUGUAUCUGAAGAUGGAGACAGCUCGGAGAUGAACGAUGAGGACUGCGAGAGGAGACGAGUGGAAUGCAUGGACGAGAUGACUACCCUGGAGAAGCAAUUCGGCGACUUGAAAGAACAGCUGUACAAGGAGAGGCUCUGUCAGGUGGAUAUAAAGCUACAGGAGGUCAUAGCAGCCUGUGCCCAAGAGUAUCUGCAACCACUUGCCAACCUACAGGAGAAUAUGCAGAUCAGAACUAAAGUGGGCGGGAUCUACCAAGAGCUGUGUCUUGAGUCUGUGAAGAACAAGUACGACUGUGAGAUCCAGGCUGCCUGCCAACACUGGGAGAGUGAGAAGCUGUUGCUGUUUGACACAGUGCACAGUGACUUAGAAGAGAAGAUCAGACGCCUGGAGGAGGACCGACACAGUAUCGACAUCACCUCAGAACUGUGGAACAAUGGUUUACAUUCACGGAAGAACAAGAAGAAGGAUCCCUUCUGCCCUGUCAAGAAAAAGAAGCCUGUUGUUGUCUCAGGUCCAUAUAUUGUUUACAUGUUGCAAGACAUCGAUGUACUUGAAGACUGGACAGCAAUACGAAAGGCACCACAGGCGGAGGUGACAUUAGGGUCGCACAGGGUCAAGGUUGAUGUCCCUACCAAGGCUGACAGACACCAUCAUGUGGCGAGGUCUGAGGAGGGCAGACUGUUCUAUGACAGCCAGUGGUAGUGCAGAGGACAGGCCUCGUGUAUCAACAAGAAGGACCAACACCCUACCAGUUCCAUAAUAACCACCAUAAACCAUGACGAGGUGUGGUUCAAAUGGCUUGACAGCAGCAAGUCCAAACUCUACAUCUCUCAGCUGCAGAAAGGCAAAUACAUCAUCAAACACUCCUAAUGUCCCUCACAGCCUGCUGUACUUUUUCACCCUGGAUAACAGAUGAACUCCACUGCUAUAAAAUGUCCUCUCCUUAAUGUCAGUGGACUUAACCAAGCCUGGUCCUGGAGAGCUACAGGUCAGGAUGUGUAGGGUCAGUGACUGACUAAUGCUCUUUGUAUGUUAAUAUGAUCUGCGAGGCCAACAAGUGUCAUUUCUUCUCUAAACUGGAAAUGAGAUGAGUGAAAUUCUGGUUGUGAGGAGGAGUAGUGUGUCUUUAGUGUAUUUUACCCCCCUUUUUCUCCCUAAUUACAAUCUUGUCUCAUCGCUGCAACUCCCUAACGGGCUCGGGAGAGGCGAAGGUGGAGUCUGAAACAUGACUCGCCAAGUCGUGCUCCUUAACACCCACCAGCUUAACCCGGAAGCCCGCCGCACCAAUGUGUCGGAGGAAACACUGCUCAACUGGCGACCGGGGUCAGCCUGCAGUCACCUGGCCAGCCACAAGGAGUUGCUAGAGUGCGAUGGGCCAAGUAAAGCUCCCCCCCGGUCAAACCCUCCUCCUAAGCUGGACAACACUGGGCCAAUUGUGCGCCGUCCUAUGGAACUCCCGGCCAUGGCCGGUUGUGGCACAGCCCGGGAAUGAACCGCGAUGCAGUGCCUUAGACCGCUGCGUCACUCGGGAGGCCCCCGUAGUGUGCCUUUUUUAACAAGAUGAUGCCUACCGUCUUGAACUUACUCCGCUGUUCUGGCCGGUGAGAACAGGACGAGGAUCAAGUCAAGCGGGUCCGUUGGUUGUGACUGGAUGGAUGGCUAAACCCUGGUCCUAAUGAUGCGUUUCCUUCUGUGAAACCCCCACCUCUUGUAGUAUUCCAUCUAUAGUCUCAUCAUGUCUCUGUUACUAUUCUGAUAAGGAUACACCCCUCUUGCUUUUUCUGUCUUCCCUUUCUUCCUGCCCUCAAGGGGACAUGAUACCAUUUACCUAACCAAUGCUGUCAGAUGUGUUAUCAAUUCAAGGAAGGAAGGAUGGAUGUUAACUAUAUUUUAGCAUGGCCAAGGUCAGUAGAGAUGGGUCAAAAUGUCUGGUUGUUGUACAAUCACGUCCAUGCAAUCCCACUCUUUUGCACAUGAUUGGAUAUUGUGGGAAAGCAUUUGUUUCUGUGUAUAAAGUACCACCUGCCAACAGUUUUGCAUCUUAAGGUUCUCAACAUAUUAUGAAUUGUGUAAUGUCACAUGCUGUAUAUAUUGGGAGCAUCUGCUGUUUUUUUUCGAAGCCUAUGAAGAAUUCUACUUAUGUCCGUCUGAGUACGAUCAGACCAAUGUUUCACUGCCAUCAAUUGAACAGUAGUCCUGCUGUCUUGAGUUUUUAUUUGUAAAGUUUGGAUUUUUUUGUGUUUUUUAUUUUUUGGAAAUUAACGCUCAGUCUACACUACAUUUUCUUUUCAUGUCAUGCGGGAUGAAAAUUGGAAUAAAAUAUCAGUCACAAUUCAUGUACAGCAAAUAAAAUAUUUAAUUUUGUAGUAAA